AUGGCGGCCUUCUCCACGCCUGCAUACAGGACUCCGAGCGACAGACAAGGAUUCCUCCCAGGGAAGGUAGAUCUUUUCGAGUUUGUGCUGCCUUCCAAGCAGAUGCCUUUCGACGUCCUCCUCCUUCUUGCACUGCUGCCACUCAAGCUUCACGUUGUUGGCAUCGACCUCAGUUUCUUAAGUCGCAGCUUUUACCUCUGGGAAAUCCACCAGGACCCUGUUCAACAACAACGAACGAGUCAUGGAGCUUUCAAAUCUACAAGAGGUCAAGUCCUCCAUCGUGGAUACUUCGGGUUCUCUUGCUGGAGCCUCAGUGUCUGCUGGCGGCUUAGGAUACAAUCGCAGGUAUCUCAGCUUUGUCAGGCCCUCGGCAAGGAUGAGGACAGGGGCCUGCUAGCUGUGCAAUGGUUCUCGAAUCCACAUCUACCAAUUUCUCCCCCGCUUCGGGUGCACACUAAGCAAACCACCCAUCCGCCCCCUCCUGUGGCACUCUCAGAAGCCAGUGACUUCCACCGUCAAGAUCGGUCAGAAAACAUUGAUGCAAAACUUGGGGACGGCCAGGAAUCAGCACAGCUGGACCACAUCCCGAAUGCAGAAGGCAAGCACCAGAACAAUGAUUCUGAUCGACACGCUGAAACCUUUGUCGGCGCCAUACCUGGCCCCAAAACAUACCCCUCUCGGCCGCUUGCUUUUCGUACUCGAGAACCGACCCCACUCAAGCCACCAGCGUCAGUGUUAACGCCGACGCAAAAUCGUGCCUUGGGAGCUGAAGCUCCGCAAGCGUCGACGCAACACGCCUUCCCUUUACCUUGUCAGAAGUCCAAAUCCAUAAGGGAGCGCGGUCAUCAAAUCAAGACUUCGUUCUCAAGUAGCAAGCGACAACAGGAAGCUGCUCCAGAGAACCUCACAAAUGCCCGUGCCACUGGAGAUGAGAGACGCGGGCAGCAUGUGCGUAUCCAACCUGACUACAAGGCUGUGGGCGCUCACACAGCCAGCGUAGCCUCGAAACAAUUCGAGCCUACGGAGUCAAAACCUUCUUUCAAUACCAAGCCGGCUGAAAACAGGCGCCCUACAGGUGAAGCUGCCAAGAGGAAGCGUGGCGAGGAACGCCCACCGUCAGGUUCCGUGGCAGCUGCGCCAAAGAGAAACACACACCAUGGUAAACGGGAGCGUGUGGAGCACUCGGGAGACGAGGGGGGUUCUGGCAGUGAGCAGCAACCUCCUAAUCGGAACUCGCAUAAUGGGUCAAAAUCAAACAAGUCAGCCACGGGACUGCCUUAUCGUUGUCCCAUGCUUGCUGCAAAUCACAAUGGGGAAGCCGGCAGGAAUUGUAAGGAGUGGCACAACGCCUCCAUCGCAGCUGUUACCAGGCAUGCACUGAAAGAUGCUGGAGCACAUUCCGCCAAAUGGGAACAAAUCAGAGACUUGUCUUCGACCAAACUCGCCCCCAAAGAACGCUGGAGACAAUACUUCCUCAUUUUCAACGAUGGCCAGGAGGAUGCCGAGAUGGAUCGGCCGUACUGGGGAGGCACGAACACCAACGACACGAUAGAUUUGCUCUUCAGGUGUGCCAAGGCCAGUCUUGAACCUGAUGGCGGCUCACCUACAGCACCAGUAAGACUACUACUCGAACAUCAAGCGCUGCUGAGGAGGAGAGAGCAGCGAGACAGCCACACUAGAGCUCGGGCUGACGCUAUGAGGGCACGCGCCACGCAAAUGGAGCAAGCUGAGCUGUUGCAGUCGCAGCGUCAAUUUGAUGAAGACCUUGCGAGGCUGCUUGCUCAAGUGGAUGACGUUUCUCUCGUUUCCGGCGCUGAUCAACCGGACAUUCCACCGACUGCUGCUCUUCCCACAGAUUCCCAAGACCUACAGGGUCUCGCAUGGCCCACGUCGCCAAUGCACCGAACAACAAGUGGGCAGAGCGCGAUGAACGCUACCUUUGGCACACCCUUCAAUGAACUAGCUACGAACCCCGGAGCAUUGACGCUCCCAGCCCAAUCACCCUUUCCAUCCAGUGGCCAGAACCCCGCCAUCGGCGGGCCGAAUACCCUUGCGACCGAAUCACAAUCGUUGACAGCUUUCAUAGAGAACGUGAGCAUGGUAGUGGAUCCCAACACCGACCCAACAACACGCCAACAGGUGCAGUCGUGGCAAAACAGUCAUUAUCGACAGUCGCAAACGCUGCGGCCUCCGCAGCUGGAUCGUCCCCGUCCUUCCUACUUGGCCCCCGGUCAUUCAAGACGGAAUGCGGUUGGGCUGCCCAGGUCCAGUAAUUCGACACAACGACUCACUCCUACGAACAGCAGCACCACGAACAGCCUCCAACCACCCAGAUAUGUGGCUCCAACAUUCGCAUCCGAUGAUAAUGCCGACAUUUACAUGGGAUACAGUGAGACCGACGCACCCGCAUAUGAUUACGGAGGCGAGGAUCCAUCGUACAGCCAUACGCCGCGGACAUAUUGA